AUGGGAAUCAGUCUUGAUGUGAAUCACGAGACGACGGUCAUAAGAAAUUCUCUUAUAACAAAUACAAAUGCAAAUUGUAUAUUCGUGUCGGGCGGACGAUCUGCAAUACAAAUAUUGAACAACACAUUUCAUCACAACGGUAACUCGAUCUUCGUAUCAUCCAUGAGUUACUAUGCCUCUUUCUACGCAAAAGGAAACACCUUUCAUAACAACGACGCGACGAAGAUGUUGAAAUUUUUCAUCUCAGGUGAUGUUGCAAGAUCUGUAAUUAAGAUCGCCAAUAACAAUAUUUUUAAUAAUACUUGCGAGAAUCUGGUUGACGUGGACUAUUCAGGGUAUCAUUGCAGCGGUUUACAGACAAUUGCUCUAGCAAAUAACAACUGGAGAAACAAUCAAAUGCGAGGUACCUCAGUAAUAUUAAAGCGAACCUAUUAUUGGUACUGUUCCGCUGUAUUCAGAAUUAACGUCUUGUUAAUGGAAAAUGACUUUCUGGACAAUACUGGUAGGGGAAUUGUUGAUAUUCAACCCAAGGAGUCGACAAGCAUCAUCCUUACUUCAAAUUUUCUUCAAAGGAAUGUUUUAGAAAAAAGUGCAAUUGUUGCAGCAUUACAUGAAGGUUCUAAUAAUGAUAUUUCAUUAUUACAUAACAGAUUUUUCAAUAACACAGCCGAAAAAUUGGUUGACGUCACUGUAAGCAGUGGGAACGUUCUCAUUCACGACAAUAGCAUGGUGCACAAUGAAGUUGAUAAAAGUAUCUUUAACCUUGUUACUAAGAACUCCUUAUCUAUGGGCAGUUUUAACUUCACCAGAAAUAGUCUGAUUGCCAAUGGCCUUCGUCAACGUUAUCUAUCAUUUCCUUACAAUUCCAUCAACAAUGUGGCUGCUGUAAUUUGCUCCAGCAGACACAUACAGACGUCUGUCAAUGAGAAUUUCUUUGAAAACCCACUCUUCCCUUGGGAAUUGAUACUCACGCAAACUUUCGAGCCAUAUGAAAUUGACGGUAAAUACAAUUGGUGGGGUUCCAAAAACGGAAAGGAAAUAAUUUUGAAGAUUUUCGAUUUCCGUUGGCGAAAUUAUUUACCUCGGCUAAACUUUUCUCCUUUUCUUGCAAGUGCUAAUCUUUCCGACGUUUCCACCAAUGAGACAAGGGUGGACUUUCGUAAUGGUAGCGUACUAGGUGGUCACGUAACUGAUUACAUCGUCCUUGAGAAAGACAAUUCUCCUUACACGGUGAUAAGAGAUGUUGUAAUUUAUCCUAAUGCAAUUUUAACAAUUGAAAAAGGUGUUCAAAUAAACGUUCUCCCUAAUAUUGGAUUUCAUGUUUAUGGCAAGUUGGAGCUCUUAGGAGAAUGGAAUAAUCCAAUACAGUUCGACAUCACAACGAAGUUUAGUGGUUUUACUAACUUUGGAGCAUAUCCUCUUCGCCUUGUCCAUGGUUCGAAACCUUGGGAGGGAAUUGUUGAGAUAUUUUACAACAAAACGUGGGGAACAAUAUGCGAUGACGGAAACUCGUAUUCAAAUAGUAUUGUCUUAUGCAAGCAGCUGGGGUAUGAGGGUUAUAGCAGAAGCUAUAGUUAUACGCCUAGCUCCAGUAGCACAAAACCAGUUUGGUGGAGAUACCUGAGAUGCAACUCCAAUAUCCAUCAUGAUAUCAGUACUUGUUCCUUCGAUGGUUGGGGAGUAUCGUGCUAUGGUGGUCUAUGGACCGCGAGAUGUGACCCUGGUUACUGGCGUGGAAUAAGAUUUCGUGAAACUGCUAAAGCUAGUCAAAUAUCACACGUUAAGUUUGAACGUGGUGGAGGUCAAAUCCGUAACGAUAUCAGUAGCUAUGUCUUGCACUUUGACGUGUUGAGACAAGCUCUUAGUGACGUAGAAAUUCACGACUUUUUUCAAAGUGGUAUUAAAAUAGUUUUUCAAGAACCUGGAUUUGUUAUAAAUAACGUCCUAAUUCGAAAUGACAGGGGUCACGGGUAUAAUAGCGCUAGCCAUGGAAUUGAGACAUCGUCGGCGUUAACAUGCUAUAAUUGUAGCGUGUUUGGCACCUAUAGAGGCUUUUACUUUCUAGAAUUUAAUAUACAAAACUUUCUUUAUGAGAUAGAAAUUAAACCAGUUGAUUUUUUAGUUGCACCAACAUUCAUGUUGAGAAAGGAAAUUUCAAUGUGCGAGCAAAAUAUGAGCGUAAUUAUGGGCAUGGACGACAUGAAGAUCAUUACGAUGUCAAAGUCAUCUUAUUCCUACCAGGAUGUCGAAUGUUUUCUCACAGUAUCAAUUCUGUCUCGAAUAACCUUAGUAGCUACAGAAAUAUCUUUGAUAUCUGGUGAAACAUUUACUAUUAGUAAAUCCAAUUUAAAUUCGUCUAAUGGAACAGAAUUCACAUUAAGGCAACAUGACGUGUACAUCAUUGGACCAGGUAACCUGACCCUGCGUUACUGGCGGAAGGCAUGGCUGUCGGGGUCAAGAAAAAGACUUGUUAUCUUUAGUUCAGAAGGUAUUAUGAGUUUAAUUAGUUAGUGUGUUUAAUCACUAAAAUAAAAUUUGGGUUCUCGAUUAUCGGGUAUGAUAACUUUAAUAUUCCGAAGCUUAGACAGUUUGAAGCAAUGGCUACUUUAGUGCCAAAGCGUAUUAAUGGUAUCUCAAAUAUUUUCCGCAAUAAAUUUUUGAAAUACCUAAGAGUUACGACUCUAUGUAAAGUUUUAACGAGAUCAAAAAUAUUUGAACUUUAUACAAUAAAAAACGCUCCGAGUAAUAAUGUUUUAGACCUAAUCAAAUCUCUUAAAAAAACUAUUACAUCCUCAGCUACUGGUUGAUGUGAAUAUUAAGUAAGAAUAGGCAUGUAAUAUGCAAACAGUCAAUUCCAUGAUAUGUAUUCUAAUCGAUUGUCGAUAAUAAACUGGGUUGUACGAAGGCCGAAUAGCGUUAUCUACUCGAUAGUGAUUUUUUUCAACUGUUGUAAAAAUGCCUAAAAAGUUGUGGAACUACAGAUAUGGACCUCACAAUAAAUAUGACAACUUUUUAAUUUGUUUUAUUUUAUUUAUAUUUUUAGGUAGCAAGGCACUUUCAUUCCAAAAGACUGAUAAUAAAGACAUUAGUUUUUUUGGAGGUGUACUAGAAAAGAAUUACUACGGAAUACUAAUACAGCAGAUCAUGAGUGAUAUAAGAUAUCUCAAUUUGCAAAAUAUCACGUUAAAAGGUAACACUUACGGAAUACAAUUACAUUACAACAGUGAUGUAAGAUAUCUCAAUUUGCAAAAUGUCACAUUAAAAGGUAACAGCUACGGAAUUUAUACUUCUUCUUCUUCUUUAAAUAUUUCAAUAGACAAUUGUGUGAUAACGAGUGGGAACACUGCAAUAACCUUGCAUGACUCUUCUCAAACUUUGUCGGUCAGAAAUUCUGAAAUAUAUGACUGUCAUUAUGGAUUGGAUAUAAUAUCUUACUACAAUUAUCGAAGCGUAAAUAUAGAACUGGAAAGCUGUAUUCUAGGCAGGAACUCUUAUGUAAUACGCACGUAUGGUUAUUAUCAUACCAAUUAUAGAUUACGAGGGGCAGUAAUAUUGCGUCGUUGCAUACUGGUGGAGAACAGUAGAAUAUAUUACAGUUAUUCAUAUUAUAACAAUAAACCGCAAGUCAGUUUAGAGAUUAAUGAAUGCAACAUUUCGCGAACAAAACAUCCUGGAUUUGAAUUGCAUUUAGAUCAAUCUAAUAAUAACCUUACCUUCUACAACAAUACAUUUGUUGGCAAUUCACACACCGUACUUCGAAUGUGGAAGAAUUCCGUUGACUCCUCACGGUCCUCAAUUUUAAUCGACAAAAACAUUUUCGUUAACAACUCUCUUUCACCAGAUGAUGCCUUAAUUGACUUUUCUGGGAAAGGAAUAGGUACAUUAUUUACCGAUAUCAACGAAAACACAUUCAUGAAGAACAAGUGUUCAUUUAUGAUAAAGGUUCAUAUUCAGUCAAAUCGGGCAGCGGGAUUUUUUUCUUUUAAAAACAACAUUUUGGAAGAUAAUGAAGGUGUACCAUCUAACUCCCCGAAAAAUGUUGUGACUGAUGUGCGUUCAUACUCAGUGGGACUCCUUGGAUGUAUUUCCAACCGCUAUAAUAUUCAGCAUAAUGUUUUUGACAACGAACUAAUGGAGAAGGAGUUAUUUAUCGGACGACCAUGCGGUUCAAAUUAUAUAUUAUCUGAAAACUUCGAUAUCGAUGCUACGUUCAAUUACUGGGGCACAUCAUCCACGGUGAAUUUGCACAAGAGACUUUUUCACUUUGAGAACUGGAAUGACAGACCAAAAGUAAAAUACCUUCCAGCUGCUGCUGCACGGAACUUCACAGACGUUAUAACAUCACGAGUAUUUUCUAAUCAAUCUCAGAUUGGUGGAUAUGUUAACUCGUCUCUGCGUUUGACCACGAAAUAUAGUCCAUACGUUGUUAUGAAUGAUUUAACUAUAUCAGAGAAUGUGACACUUACUAUUGAACCUGGCGUUCAGUUAUAUUUGAAGCCAAAUAUUGGGUUGCUCGUUUUCGGAAAUAUCGUUGCUCAUGGAACAGUGAACGAAGAAAUAAAAUUUUGCUCUUUGGAAAGUAAAUGUAAAUAUGUACAACGAACGAUAUCGAUUCGGCUUGUUGGAGGAGACCGUGAAUAUAGGGGGAAACUUGAAAUACGUGUUGGUGGUAGAUGGCUGGGGGCAUGUCGUUAUUACUUUACUUCCAGAGAUGGGUCAGUAGCUUGUAGACAAUUAAGUUAUGGUAGAUAUGUCAAUCAUGAGACAAGAUACUUUGGACGUAGUAGUCUGUACAAAGUUUCCUUUAAUUGUCGUGGUAAUGAAACAUCUUUAUCAAACUGCAAAAACCAAACAGUUUAUUAUUGUGGUUCAGAAUAUUACGGAGUCUAUCUGGAAUGCGAAAGAGAUUUUCGAUGGGGAAAUAUAAGAAUUGCCCUUCCAAAGAGUGUUAAUUCAAGUGAUUAUUACCAUGAAAACGAACAGUCUUCGCUGAGAAAUAUUUUUAUUCACAGUGGAGGUCAUUUGCAUGAUCAAGAUGCGUCUGCAAUUCAGAUUAUUGAACGUUCGCCAUCGAUAACACAUCUUCAUAUCAUCGAAAGUAACGGUAUUGAAUUCAUCGGGCAAAAACAGAUGAUAGCACUUGAACAUAUUAACAUUGAGAACAGCUUGCAAUUUCCAGCAAUAGUCAUUUUGGGCAACAAAGGAUCAAUUUCCAUAUCUCGAUCAUCAAUGAAAGGAGGAAACAAGCAUGGUGUGACGAUAGCCCCACUUAAAAAUAUGACCUUUUUCCAGCCUUAUCUAGGGCAACAUGAUUUAUGCGAUCCACUACAAAAACUCUAUGUCGAUAGUCAAUCGUAUGUUUUCCUUAACCAACGGAGCGAGAUUAGAGAUAUAUUUUGCGGCUUAGAAAUCCUAUCCCCAAACAAUACCAUAAUUCAUUUUCGCCUUCUAUCCUGGGUAAGAAGUUCGUACUCCAUAAAAAUUAUUGCCGGCGGUCAUCCCUCAUUUGUCAGAAAUAUAUACGAUUGGAAUACUCGUCAAUAUUUGGAUAAAGUUACGGUUAUACCAUCAAAUUCAUUGGUGAUAGAAGCAGUCAUAUCAACCUUAAGAGGAUUCUUAGCUGAAAUUACCGUUAUCGGCAAAACAGGUAAGGAUAUAUAUUUCUUUUGAUUAGGGAAUGAUAUUACUGCGCUUAACCGCAAAAUUCUGCGAUUGCCAACAAACGUGAUGCACUAGUUUUCUGGUAUACCGUAAAUUUGUCCCCAGAACAUUAAGUCACGCGAUUUGGAACCCAACCAUAUAUAUCACCACAGGGUAUUUGGCGCUGUGACAGCAAACCACUGUGACAGCAAUGCCCACUGGGACCGCAAGCCUAUUUUUUCUCUCAGGGCCCACUGUGAAAAAUGCUCCACCAAGCUAUGGUAUUUAAAGAUGCCCUGUGCAACAGCGUAUAUUUUUCAUAAUUUCUUUUCAUGCAACAUUUAAGUUUAAAAUUAUGAGUGAUGAGUAAGAUCGGUAUUUCAAACUAUUCAAUAUGUAUAGGUUAUUUUGAGGCAACGAGGGGAUAUGUGAUUUAUUCACCGAUGCGCGCAGCAUCGAGGUGAAUAAACACAUAUCCCCGAGGUGCCUCAAAAUAACGUACUUAUUUUUCACAUUGCGAGGUCGCGUUAAUGAGUCAGAAUAGAAAUAAUUCUUAAUGCCAUAUUGCCUUCGUUAUGCCGUUUUUUCUCACUUUUUGUGCUGCAAAGACAUUGCAGGUGAAUAUUAGAGGGGAUUAUUAAUUGCAGGUGAAUAUUAGAGGGGAUUAUUAAACAGAAAUUGAUUAGAGGGGAAUAUUGAAUAUAUUCCCCGAUAAGAACAAAGGAAACCGAGCAGGGUGAAAAAUAAGACUGUAUGUUGUAUAUUAUUGCUACACAACUAUACUGCCGCAUCGUUUCUGCACAUGAUACACUUGCCCCAAAGAAACCUCAUCCCAUUAUUACGUCUUCUUUCAACUUUAUUAUCCAUGAUUUUUCUCUUUCUUGGCCUUUAUAUCCUGUUAUCGUUUACCCAGUAGCCAAACAUUUGGUUAAGGUUUGUGUGCUAAUUUACCGUUUUAUGCAUGGAUGUGCCACGUCGUUCUUUUCACAAAUAACACGAAUAACAGUGAAUGACACGAAUAACAGCGAAUAACUUAUCUCCCCCUCCCUAAUUAGCCAGAAAUGAAAUGCUCAAUUGGAAAAUUUUAAUAUUAAGGUCUGUUGAAGCACGAAGACGUUAGCAUUAAUAUUGAUGAGAGCACUUUUCAAGAAAUAUCUGGUGCAGCUGUUCAUUAUACUUCAGAUCUUACAGUGUCCAAUCGUGUAACGAUUAAGCGUAGCCACAUCACUGUAAAGGGAAACAAAGGUGGACCAAUUAAACCAUCAAUUCAAAUGUUGGUCCGCAACAAUGACACAAUAGAAAUCUCGAAUAACGUUCUCGCCAGUACCAAUCAAGGAGGUAUCCACAUAUACCUAUUUAAGAAACAAGCGAUGGUAAAUAUAGUUAAUAACAUUAUAUAUCGUAACAUAAACGGUAGCGAAGCUAUUUAUAUUGUCGUCUUCAGCCGCGAUGCAUCUAGUGAACUUCUUAUGGCUGGAAACCACUUACACCUUAACGAUAUUGUCUUCCCACAUGACAUGGUUGUCGUAAAAAAUUUAGCUGCCACAAUUAUAGAAAACGUAUUUUAUGACAAUACUGCAAGGUAUACAAUGAACUUUGUUGGUGGAAGUAAAGAGAACAUCACAUCCGUCAUAAAAAGAAAUAUAUUCUUUUUGAAUAAGGGAUAUUUACAUACAGUGCUCCUUCAAUCUAACGGUCGUGAAAUUAUCAACGAAAACUACUUUACUAAUCCAAGCAACGAGUUCGAACUUAGUACCUUGCCAAGCCUUUUUCCUGGUACCGUUGUAAAUGCCUCAAAUAACUGGUGGGGAAAUGUAAAGCCUGAAUUAAUCAUGAAGCGCAUUAAGGAUAAAAGAAGAGCAACAGAGCUACCGCACGUGAUUUAUCAGCCUUUUCUACGGUCGCCGACACAAAUAUUUUCGACAGGUAAGUACUUGUUGACAACAGUUUUCAGAAUUCGCCCGGAUUAUAGGUUAGAAAUUGCUGCCGUGAGCUGUUGCUUCAGAGGUUUACCAGGACAAUUAUACAGGAAAAUGCUUAUCCAUAUUUGGUAGGAGGCUACGUUAUCAAGAACAAAACAUAACACAUGAAAAUGCAUGGUUUACACUAAGUCUAAGUAUAUAAAACACCUAUACCGAGAUAUGCUGAAGUCCAUUGGUGUAAAGAAGAUAAGAAAGGGUUCUCUUUAAUUCACAAUAAAUUGAAGGUUUUUUUAAAAAAAAUCCAUUGUUAACUAUAAAUGUUGAUUUCACUUUAAGGAUUAUGUCCAUUUGGAUGGAUUUAUCUAAACAGAAAAUGUUAUUAUAAUCUAAGAAGUGCUCAAAAUUUUAAAAAUUCCCAAGAUAUGUGUAAGGUUAGUGUUUAUAUUGUAUGGAUCUAGCUAACGUAUUGCUACAAUGAAUGUUCUAGGACUGCUGAAUAUAUAUUCGACUUUGGCAGGGCCUUGUAAAAAUCACACGUUGCCUAUAUUUAUCAGUAGAUAAAAAAACUUCCAAAAAGGUAGUAACUUCUUUUGAGUAACUUAGUAACUUCUUUGCCUGUAAAUAUAAGUGUACGGAAUUUACCUAUAAGGCAUGCAUAAUGACUUAUUAAAUCAUUGUGGUUAUUGCUCUUAAAAGUACCUCUUACACACUGUCAAACAAAGCGUUGUGGCUUUCUUUGUGUUUGGUGGAAUCGCAGCUUCGAAUUUGUUUAAUAGACCGGAACAGGAAGCCAUUUUGUAACCGGAACAGGAAGCCGUUUUGUUUUUGUCCCAUGAUGAAUAGUGCAAGGGUAUCCCGAGCUGAGCAACCAAUCAAAUUGCGUGAAAAGCACUAUCCACCUCCCGAGUAUGUGCUAACUUGUUGAACUUCCUUGCAUUUAUGAAUUCAGAUGGCUGAAUUGUAUAUGACAUAUAGGUGUGUCAACCUCGGAACAUUUUACACUUCUUGAUUUUAAAGAAUUAUACUCGAGAAUGAAUAAGAUUACGAAGUUAUUAUAUGUGUCGUGAGUUUCGUACAAAUGCAUAUCGAACUAGUUAAAUUAAUUCGAAAGUUAUAGGUAUAUGUUUAUAUAGCAACUGCAGCGCUAUCUUUCAAGGGUAGGCGAUAUUUGGACCACUGCAUGAGUAUACUUACCCAAUUAAAUAGAUACCUAUCGUAUAGUAUAUAUGUAAUACAUGGAUCAUGCAUGCAGGAAUCCGGCAAAUCGUGCGAUUUUACCGCACCAUCACGCGGUGUUUUCCUUUUCCACGCGAUAUUUUCUUUUUCCACUCGCGAUUUCCAUCAAAUUGCCCAUUUUAAAAUUCUAGCGCGAAAGAUGCUGAAAAUCACACGAUUUGGGGAUUCCUGAUACAUAAUUAACGUAAAAUGACGAUGUUCCAUAUACACAAUGAAGUCAUGUGAUGGCAAAAUCGAUCAUCAAUAUCGACUCUUGUAUACUUAUAGAAAAUCGGUGGCGAAAUGUUUGCAUCUUAUGCGAAUGAGAUUUCCUUCAACGUACGGUUGCAAAAAUUGUAUACAAACUGGGCAUACGGAACAAUCUUGAGCAUUUGGAUUAACAUCUUUUCAGAGGUAUUGCAUAGAUUAUAAAUCGAUAAAGUUGGAUCGGUUCCUACUUUUUUACUUGUCGCGGCGCACGAGCAAUUUCGCCUAGUGCAUGGAAAACGGGCUUAAGAAACAAGGAUGCACUUAAUUUUAACUGUAAUUAACAGUACAAAGAAGAAAGAUCGAAUUAAUUCUUAGUUAGAGAUUAGCAAGCGAACUUGCAGUUAGUUGGUAAGUUUCUUUGAACUUUUGGAGGUGUAUGUAUAAGUCUCUUCCACGUAAAUUUCAUUCAGUUUAAAGAUUAUACGAUAAUAUAUAAUUUUUAAUUUCUUUCUUAAAUAUAUUAUACUCAUGGUUUCACGAUAUAUGGAAAUGUGCGUGGAAAUGAAAACCCCCAGUGAAACAACGUUAAUUAGGUAGAAAAUCUAAUCUUUCAUUGAGUUCUGUCCACAAAAAAGGAUGAUAACCAAAGUAUAAGUAUUGAACGAAGUUGUGUAGCGUAACGUUUAGCCUACCAAACUUUGAUUUUCCAUUUGCAGGCUACAAGUAGCCAGGACAGUGGUUGUUGGGUGUUUGAUGGAAAAAUAAGAAAAGCACCGUGUGGUUUAACAAGGCCUACGAUAUGUGAAAAGAGUUCCCGUAAGUUUUUUGCACCAAGCUCAAAGUUAUUUGUAAGAAACAAGACGCCUUUUAUUAAGGCAUCCACGCAGGCUCUGGACAACAGAGACAAAAGGUGCGGUCUGUUGUGUAAUGGAACCACACCUUCCCUUAUAUGA